AUGUCGAACAAGAAGAACGAGGAUAUCGAGUUGAGUGGGAUGGGUGAGGAGCGCGACGAGCGAGAGAACCUGCUGGAGCCUGCGCUCCACCACCGGGCUCGCGCCGAUAGUGGGAAGGAUAGCAUUUUCUCCCAACUCGAGAACAAUCCUGGCGCUGCUGUUCUGGCCUAUUGCUUCUCCUCGAUCAGCAUGACGGUCGUGAACAAGUAUGUCGUUUCGGGUUCGUCCUGGAACUUGAACUUUCUUUAUCUGGCUAUUCAGGCCGUUAUUUGCUUUGCUGCAAUCCUGGUCUUGAAACAGAUGGGUUUUAUUCCUAACCUCGCUGCCUUGGAAAGCAGCAAGGCCAAGAGGUGGCUUCCCGUGUCUGUGUUCUUCGUCGGUAUGAUCUACACCAGCACCAAGUCUCUUCAAUUUCUAUCUGUGCCGGUAUACACUAUUUUCAAGAACUUGACCAUUAUCGUCAUCGCCUAUGGUGAGAUUCUAUGGUUCGGCGGCAAUGUCACCCCGCUGCUUCUGUUGUCGUUUGGUUUUAUGGUGCUCAGCUCCAUUGUAGCUGCGUGGGCUGAUAUCCAGGCCGCUGUCAAUGGCGUUGGGCACUCAGUUGAGUCUGCCACCGCUAUCUCAACCUUGAACGCCGGGUACGCGUGGAUGGGGCUCAACGUCUUCUGCACUGCCUCUUACGUCCUGGGAACACGCAAGUUCAUCACCUCGUUGAACUUCAAGGACUGGGACACUAUGUUCUAUAACAACCUGAUCUCCCUCCCUAUCAUGAUCAUCUGCUCCCUGGUCACCGAGGACUGGUCGUCGGCCAACUUGGCUAAGAACUUCCCUGCCGAGACGCGCAACAGCCUCAUGAUCGGCAUGCUCUAUUCUGGCCUGGGUGCCAUCUUCAUCUCGUACUCAUCGGCCUGGUGCAUCCGUAAGACAUCGUCUACUACUUAUUCGUUCGUCGGAUAUCUGAAUAAGCUCCCGCUCGCUAUUAGCGGCAUCGUCUUUUUCGAUGCUCCUGUCACAUUUGGUAGCAUCACGGCUAUUCUCCUGGGAUUCUUCAGUGGCCUUAUCUAUGGUUAUGGCAAGAUGAAGCAGAAGCAGCAACCCAAGGAGGUCCUCCCCACCUCCCAACCUCCCAUGAGUGCUAGCUCCCAGCGCCAGAAGGACGCAUAUAAAUUAUAA